AAGUUUACCCACGUGCAUUAGGAAGCAUUUGGCAAUUAAAUAUGUAGGGAAUUCGUUUAAGUAUGAGUUCAGGAUGUGUGUGCAUUUUAAUUUAACUGGUCGACUUAUCCAGUUGUGGACAUCUCAUCGGCUUGGACUAGACUAAUCGUUAACAGUGACAUGGUCAAAAAUGUUUUCCUCUGUUACCUCGUCGGACAGACUCGUGCUGCCGGAUCGUUUCUUGCGCAAAAGUUUUCUGUUUCCAACUGAGGGCUGCAGGUAAAUUACGUGACAGGGACAGGUGGGUGUGUGUCGUGGACAGCCCGUGCUACAUGACAGGCGUGGAAUAGACCAAUCAGCUAGCCACGAUUGGGGAUCCAACCAAUCAUCGCCCUCUGCAGUUGGGUUGAUCUAAUUGCGCGAGAGUAACCAGGAGAGUUGAACUGCUUUUGGAGUCAGUGCGGUUGGAGUACCUGACUAAGAGGGUCGACGGGGUGGACAGGGUUCUGGUGGAAAACGGAUACUUUGCUUCGGCGCUAUAACGUGAUUUUCUGCUGUCCAAAGCAAGCUUAGUAGGUCUUGUUUAAAUCUGUGGGUUUUCGUGUGGGCCGUCAUUCUGGGAACAAACACCUGGAACUUCAUUAGUAUUCAUUGAGGUGAAGACAGGGGUGUGCCUCACUUAACCACGUCCAUAACGCUACUCCCUCAGGAGCGGAAGGAAAGCCGUCAGCCGUCGGGAUGGGGAACGGAUUUUCGGAGCCCCGCUCCCUGCUCCCGCUGUUUCCGGCGUUCCGGUCGCUCCACAUCGUGAUCCUGGGGCUGGACUGUGCCGGGAAGACCACGGUGCUCUACCGGCUGCGCUUCAACGAGUUCCUGAACACCGUGCCCACCAAGGGCUUCAAUGCCGAGAGGGUGCGGCUGCCCCUGGACGGCUCGCGCCGAUGCGCCUCCUUCCACCUGUGGGACGUGGGCGGGCAGGAGAAGCUGCGCCCCCUGUGGCGGGCCUACACGCGCGGGGCGGACGGCCUGGUGUUCGUGGUGGACUCGGUGGACGCCGAGCGGCUGGAAGAGGCGCGGGCGGAGCUGCACAAGGUGGCGCGGCUGGCGGAGAACCACGGCGUGCCCGUGCUGGUGGUGGCCAACAAGCAGGACCUGCGCGGGUCGCUGGCACCGGCCCAGAUCCAGGAGGCGCUGGCGCUGAGCGAGCUGGGCCCCGCCACGCCCUGGCACCUGCAGCCCGCCUGCGCCAUCAUCGGCGAGGGCCUGGGGGAGGGGCUGCAGCGGCUGCACGCCAUGAUCGCCAAGCGCCGCCAGGCCCUGCGGCAGCAGCAGCACCGGCAGCGCAGGAAGAGGUGAGCUGGGGGAGCUGCGCACGGACGAGAGAGAGAGAGAGAGAGAGAGAGAGAGGGGCUGGCGUUCGGUGCCUUCAAAACAAAGCUCCUGUAUCGAGACUCCACUCUCUAGCCUGAUACCUCCACCCCCCCUCCCCCACCUCAGUGGGCCUGUUGGACUGGUUCAUGUGCUUUUACUUUGACAGCACAGUUGAGCGAAGGGCUUUUAUUUUGACAGCGCAGUGGAGCGAAGGAGAGCUUCAGUGAGCUCGGCCCCUCCAGGACUGCAGGGGUCGCUGUUCCUGUGAAAGCACCACAAUGUUGGGAGGGUUUUUUUUUUUUUUUUUUUGAGAAGUUGAAGUUUGGACCUUGCUCGUGUGAACACACACCCAGGGUGGCAGUGGUGUUCCGAACUCUGCAGAGUAGGAAAUAAAACUCUGAAUCCCGCGCUCUCCAGCGGACGUGGUGUUUUGAGCGCUAAGACGUCAGAUUUGAGGGGACGGUGCAGUCGGGUGGUGUGUCGUUCCAGGUGAACGGGCAGACUGACAGGUCCGGACGGCGCUGGACAUCGUCUCUGUUUCACUUCGCUCCUUCUCCUCUCCCCCACGUCAGACGACGUGUGCACACUUUCGGGAUGGUGGUAACAAGGAAGAAACUCCGCCCUUGUGUUUGGUCUCAGUCCAGCUCCUGUGUCAGGUUCUUCUGUCUCCUAUUUGUACAGAGACAAGGGGGGGACGGCGUUAAAAUAAGCUUGACUGUUUACUCUUUUUGGGGGAUUUUUUUUAAAGGACUUUAAAAUGUCUGAAGAAUAGCCUAAAAUAUUUGGCCCCCUCAGCGUUCCCCGUGCUGGAGCGAAUGCCGCCCACUGUGAAUCUUUCAGCAUUAGCCGAAAAGGCAAAUGGCACACAAGCCCAAGUCAGGUCCCCGUUGACCGACCGUCCAGCGUCCUCUGAUUGGGCCCUCUGUUCAUAUUUAUCCAAUCGGGUGCUUCCUUGUUUAACAAUAACACUCAGAUGCACUUUAAUUGUAAAUGUUGUUUUUUCAGAUCUCAGAAUUUUUUAUGGGCACAUUUUCUAUGAAAUGUAUGAUGAAAUAAAAAAUAAAAAAAGUUGCUUCUUAUGAAGCUGUUUUAUAUAUGUAUACAUGCUGUUACAGGAAGCGGGUGAGGACAUGUUCAUAUUUAUAUGACAAAUUUUCUCCAUUUAAAUAAAAUGAAAUGAGUACAUUUA